AUGUUGAACCUCGAGCAAGUCAAAUCGGGGGCUCGCGCUCGCACAAAGGCCUCGGGAUGGGUGCUACCCAAGCAGACCAGCUCGGUGGCACCGCCCCAUGUCUGGUCCAACGCCGACAUGGACCCUGUGCCACCCGAGAGGCGGACAUGGACCGGAUGGGUCUUCGUCAUCUACUGGUUCAGCGACCUGGUCACGGUCUCGACCUGGUCUGGUGCUAGUUCCGUCGUUGCGGCAGGGCUGUCGGCGAAGGAUGCCAUUGUCAUUGUCCUGCUCGCAACCCUCUGGAACGCGAUACCGACCGUCUUCAACGGCGCCAUUGGAGCUACACUGCACAUCCCGUUUCCGAUCGCAGCACGAGCCGUGUUCGGAUUGUGGCUCUCAUACUUCGCCAUCCUCUCGCGCUCAGUGCUGGCCAUGUUCUGGUUCGGCGUCAACACGGCAGCUGGCGCCCUUGCAGUCACCCAGAUGAUCAAAGCCAUCUGGCCCUCCUACGGCACUCUGGCGAAUAGCCUCCCCGAAUCUGCGGGCAUUACGACGCAAGGCAUGAUCUCGUACUUUAUUUUCUUCGUGGUCCAAACGCCAUUCAUCUUCAUUCCGAUGCACAAGCUACGACCCAUGUUUCUGGCGAAGGCGAUCGUUAUGCCACCCAUGGCGAUCGCAAUGGUUGCCUGGAUCUGCGUCAAGGCUGGCUCCAGCGACUUCUUCGACGCCCCGUCCCAGGUUAGCGGCAGUACCAAAGCAUGGCUCUGGCUGAGCAGUCUAACCUCGGUCACUGGCUCUUUCUCGACAAUCACGGUCAAUAUCUCAGACUUCUCUCGUUUCAGUGCAAAGCCUGGCAGCCAGUUAUGGCAGCUGCCUGUCAUCCCGCUAUUCAAGGUGUGGAUUGGUGCCUUUGGCAUCAUCAGCGCGUCUGCCUCCGCCAAAAUCUGGGGCGAAGCACUUUGGAAUCCAUUGCUCAUCAUCGACAACUGGCACGGCUCAUCCGGAGGCCGAGCCGCAGCGUUCUUCGCCUCGGCCUGCUGGUGCCUCGCCCAGAUCUGCCUCAACAUCUCCGCCAACUCUCUCAGCUUCGCAAACGACAUCACCUCGGUGUGGCCCAAGUACAUCAACAUCUUCCGCGGCCAAGUCAUCUGUUUCCUCCUGGGCGGCUGGGCUCUGUGCCCAUGGCUCGUCAUGGCCUCCGCGCAGACGUUCCUCAGCUUCAUGUCCGCCUACGCGAUCUUCAUGGCGCCCCUGGCCUCCCUCCUGCUCGCGGACUACUGGAUCGUCAAGAAGCGGAAAUACGACGUCCCGGCCCUGUACGAUCCCGACGGCAUCUAUGGAAAGUGUAACUGGCGGUCCCUUUUUAUUCUCACCGUCGUGAUCCUGCCGCUGUUGCCCGGGUUGGCGCAGCGUGUCACGCCGGACAGCGUCAGCAUCCCCGCCGGCAUGCGCAAUCUUUUCGCCAUCAACUACAUGUACGGCUUCGUGUCGGCAUUGGUGAUCUAUCUGGUGCUGAAUUGGAUUUGGCCGCAGAAGCGCACGCUCAUUCCGCACGUCGUCUACGGUACGCCUAUCAAUGGCGUUGAUGUAGAUCGAGAGAGACACUCGGAGAGUGACAGCCCUCAUCCCGAGGCGGAGAAGAGUAAAGAAGCAGAGAUUCGAGCCACGGCUAUAUAG